UCUUUUGAAUAAUGAGCACUAAACAAUAUAAAUUUAAUUGGGAACAUAAUCUUUGUCGCGAGAAAGGUAAAAUAAAACAUUAUUUGAUACCCCACAUAUUAAACCAUGUAGCGCCCAACCAGCUAGCACCACCGCCACUCCAGCGCAGCUCCGCUGUCCACCACCACCGGAAAUGCCUUCACAAUACCUCAAAUCCACACCCAUUCCCCGGUUCAUCUCCCUAUUAUUGGUCGCAUCUCUUCUCUCUCUACCAAAUGCCGAAGGAAUUGGCGUCAACUGGGGCACGGCGGCGUCGCACCCUCUGCCGCCGCACAAAGUGGUGGAGCUGCUGAAAUCCAACGGCAUCGCCAAGGUGAAGCUCUCCGACGCCGACCCGCUCAUCCUCCAGUCCCUCUCCGGCUCCAACAUCCGCGUCACCGUCGGCAUUCCCAAUUCCAUGCUCCGCGGCCUCAACUCCUCCCUCAAGGCCGCCGAGAGCUGGGUCCACGAUAAUCUCACCCGCUUUGUCUCCGACGGCGCCUCCAGGGUUCUCGUUGAUUAUGUUGCUGUGGGAGAAGAGCCUUUCCUCCAAACUUACGGUGACGAAUUCCACCCCUUUCUCGUCGGAGCAGCUACGAACAUUCAAGCAGCUCUAUUCAAGGCUAAAUUAUCCGAAAGGGUUAAAGUCGUAACUCCCUGCAGUUUCGACGCUUUCACAUCAGAUUCCAAUCCGCUAUCAAAAUCCCGUUUCAGGCCCGAUGUCAACAAAACCAUGCUCGAACUCGUCACGUUCCUCAACAAACACCAAUCCCCCUUCUUCGUAACCGUUUCCCCUUUCCAAAGCUACAUAAAAAACAAGAACCUCUCUCUCGACUUUGCCCUUUUUAGACCAACCCCACACGCCAAAAACAGCACUCGUAAAACCUACAAAAACCUCUUCGACUUGAGCUACAACACAGUCGUUUCUUCACUGUCUAAUUCCGGAUUCCCCCAAAUGGAAAUAGUCAUCGGUCAAAUCGGCUGGCCCACAGACGGAUCUCCAAACGCCACCUCGUCACUCGCUGAAGAAUUCACAAAAGGCUUAAUCAACCACCUCCACAGCAAAUCAGCCAAACCCUCGAACAAUCAAGAUUUGCCUACAGAAAUCUACAUUUUGAGCUUAUUAGACGAAGAUCAGAGAAACAUAUCAACUGGAAAUUUCGAGAGGCACUGGGGCGUGUUCACAUUCGACGGACAAGCAAAGUACCAAGUCGAUUUAGGGCAGGGUUCGAAGAAUUUGGCGAAUGCGAGAGAUGUUCAGUACCUAUCUUCGAAGUGGUGUGUGGUGAACAACAAUAAAGACUUGUCGAAUGCGAGUGCGCUUGCUUUGGAGGCGUGCGGUGCUGCUGACUGUACUGCGCUGUCGUUGGGCGGUUCGUGCUUUAACCUGAGUUGGCCGGGGAAUAUUUCGUACGCGUUCAAUAGUUACUAUCAGCAGCGAGAUCAGAAUUCCGAGAGCUGUGAUUUUGGAGGGUUGGGAUUGAUUACUAGUGUUGAUCCAUCGGAUGAUGCUUGCAGGUUUUCUAUUGGACUUAGGACUUCUUCUGCACUUUCGGCUUUGCGUAGAUCUUCGGUUUUCUGUUGGAUAAUAUCGCCAGCAAUAACCAUGGUAUUGUGGUUACUUACAGAAAGAUUGUAAGAGAUGCUUCUGUGAGGUACAUUAGAAAUUCGUAUGAUGUUUCUUUCUUUGAUGUUCAAUGGUUAAUAGUUUUUGCUUUUGUACCGC